AGGAUCGCCGUCCGGGCGAAGGAGCUCCUGGGCUGCGGGCGGCAGAGGACGGGCCGGCCGGGGGACAGCAGGCCGGCCGAUCUGGGAUGGAUUCGCGGGUGUCGGAGCUGUUUGGGGGCUGCUGCCGGCCCGUAGGGGGUGGGAACGCUGGGGGCCUGCGAGGCCGCGGUGGCAACGGCUCCGGCGGCGGGUCUUCCAAGGGGAGGAAGAAGAACGGCAGACACCGGGGAGGGAAGGCCAACAACCCGCCGUAUCUGCCACCGGAGGCGGAAGAUGGAAACAUAGAAUACAAGCUGAAACUAGUUAAUCCUUCCCAGUACCGCUUUGAACAUCUAGUAACGCAGAUGAAGUGGCGUCUACAAGAAGGCCGUGGUGAGGCAGUGUACCAGAUUGGUGUAGAGGACAACGGGCUGCUGGUGGGACUGUCGGAAGAGGAGAUGCGCGCCUCUCUCAAAACCCUGCGGCGGAUGGCUGAGAAAGUAGGAGCUGAUAUCACUGUGCUACGUGAAAGAGAGGUGGAUUAUGAUAGUGACAUUCCCAGGAAGAUAACGGAGGUUCUUGUCCGAAAGGUCCCAGAUAAUCAGCAGUUCUUAGAUUUGCGAGUAGCUGUGCUUGGGAAUGUGGAUUCAGGCAAGUCAACCCUACUAGGCGUUUUGACACAGGGUGAGCUGGAUAAUGGUCGAGGCAGAGCUCGUCUCAAUCUCUUCCGGCAUUUGCAUGAGAUCCAGUCAGGAAGAACAUCCAGCAUCAGCUUUGAAAUCCUUGGCUUCAAUAGCAAAGGAGAGGUAGUAAACUACAGUGACUCUCGAACAGCUGAGGAGAUCUGUGAGAGUUCCUCCAAGAUGAUUACCUUCAUUGACUUGGCUGGCCAUCACAAGUACUUGAAAACCACCAUCUUUGGACUCACAAGUUACUGCCCAGACUUUGCCAUGUUGGUGGUUAGUGCCAAUACUGGAAUUGCAGGCACAACCCGAGAGCAUCUAGGCUUGGCGAUGGCCCUCAAGGUCCCUUUCUUCAUAGUGAUUAGCAAAGUGGACUUGUGCUCAAAGGCCACUGUGGAACGGACAGUAAAGCAGCUGGAGCGGAUCCUGAAGCAGCCUGGUUGCAACAAGCUCCCCUUGCUGGUAACAUCAGAUGAUGAUGCUGUCACAGCAGCUCAGCAGUUUGCACAGUCUCCCAACAUCACUCCAAUCUUUACCUUAUCCAGUGUUUCUGGAGAGAACCUGGAUCUCUUGAAAGUUUUCCUCAACAUUCUUCCUCCUCUUACAAACAGCAAAGAGCAAGAGGAUCUAAUGCAGCAGCUUACUGAAUUUCAGGUGGAUGAAAUCUACACAGUACCCGAAGUGGGCACUGUUGUUGGAGGAACUCUAUCAAGUGGAAUAUGUAGAGAGGGAGAGAAUCUAGUGGUUGGUCCAACUGAUGAUGGCAAGUUCCUCCAGCUGAAAGUGUGCAGUAUCCAGCGGAACCGUUCAGCAUGCCGUGUACUUCGGGCUGGGCAGGCUGCUACACUGGCCCUUGGACACUUUGAUCGCUCAUUGCUGCGCAAAGGAAUGGUGAUGGUAAGCCCAGAGAUGAACCCCACUAUUUGCUCAGUGUUUGAAGCUGAAAUUGUUCUACUCUUCCAUGCUACGACUUUCCGAAAGGGAUUCCAAGUAACAGUGCACGUUGGCAAUGUGCGGCAAACAGCAAUUGUGGAAAAGAUCCAGGGAAAGGACAUGCUGCGGACAGGAGAAAAGGCUGUGGUUCGUUUCAGAUUCAUUAAACAUCCUGAAUAUUUGAAGAUAGGAGCCAAGCUUCUUUUCCGUGAAGGAGUUACCAAAGGUAUUGGACAUGUCACAUCUAUCCAAGUGAUCAACACUGGAGAGAAUAACGUAGAAGAAGGCAUAAGCUCUGGGCUGGUCAAUUUCUGACUUGCAUUGCAUUGGAUCUGUGAGAUCUCCUGAUGAUAGCAAUAGAGGAAAGGAAGGAGCCUCCUCCCACUCACCAUCCAGAGCUGCUGCUGGCCAGUCUUUUUACAGUGGCACAUUUCUUCUGUACUGCAGAGGAUUCCUGAAUUCAGGCUCUGGAGCAAGUGAAGCAUGUUUAUACAUCACCUGCUGCUUUCAUAUCCCUGCUUUUCCUGGAGUAGACAAAGUAGCUAUAUCGUUGCCAAGAUUGGCAACAUCUGGUUUUGUUGACUUUUGUUGGAAGUUAUUCGAGUAUAGGGCAAAGCCCUGAGUGUGUUGGAUUGUAGCUGAGGGAUUCUGCCACUUAUGAGGCAGCAAUAGUUGACCCAUUUCUACCUACUUAGCUCAGUCCUAUUAUUAUCCUGUUUCUUCGCAGACUGUCACAGAUGAGCUAUACGGCUGAAAGAUUUGCACUGCCCACUAUACAGCUCAGGACCUUUCUAAUCAUUUUAAAACUGUUCAUUUUAAUCUAAUAGCUCGUUGCUCUUUUUCCCUUCAAUUUUAAUUGUGUGCUGGAUUUUAGUAGUUUAGUUCCGCUUUAUUUUUUUAAAGGUUGGCAUGGGGAAGGAACAUCUCCCAGAAAUAACAUUUAUUAGAUAGUAAAUCCCCCCGGAUCAUGACCCUGAUGUUGUCCAUUCCUUCUUCAACUCUUCUUUUCCUCAGUAGAGCUGACAAAGUGCCCUGUGUUAUGAAGAUCCCUAGAAGGGAUCUAGUCCAGUAUGGUGGUCUCUUGCUUCUCCAUAUUUACUGGCUGUUGCAUAAGCAGAGCUUCUGCUGUCAGUAGUCUUACCUGAGAUGGCUGUACAAUCUGAUCACCUUCCCUGAUGAGUCCACAGGCACCUCAACGUGUUCGAGAAACCGGCCUUAAUUUGACAUGGUCAAACCAGUAAAAGCUGUUUGGCCAUCACAGGAAGGCUUGAUACUACUGCAAUGAUGACUCCCAUUCAGCUUUGAACUACAUCUAUUUGCUUAUGUGUUAUCCCUGACAGACAACCAUCUUUACGGCUAAGAUAUACGUGCAGCUAUACCCGUAGAAUCUGCACUGUGUAGGACAAUUUUCAAGCAUAUAUAGGGGCUGUGAUCCUUGUAUGAUGUUGAUUUUAAAAACAGGCAACAAUGUUUUUACUUAUUCCUGUGUAUUAUAGCUACUGAUAUAGUAAGUGUCCAAGUAGCCAAGAUUCAACAUGGCCAGCAAGAAAGAAUGACCUAUAUUUAAACACUCCCCCCUUCUGUUAGUGUUUUGCUGCAUCUUUGUCCUAUUUAGAGCAGAUAUCUUUUCUCCACUGGUAUGUUCUGCUUAGAGCCAUUCAGGUACACAGAUGGCUUAUUAAUGGGUUUUUUUUAAGUGGGAACCCAUGAUCAUGUUCCUUCCUAGUAAUAUGCCUUUCAUUUCCAGUAUGGAUGUUUGCCCUCAUUUAAUGGGAGAAGAGAAAAACAAGAAUUAAUCUAAAUAUUAUGGCCUCAGAGACAGUGUCCUUCCCAACUCUCCCUUGGGCAGUGUGGUCCCAUGUACCCAACACUUUUGAUUGCACCUAUUUAAGAAAAAGAAACUGGCCUAGCAUACUCCUCAGUUGAGUUUGAUCUAGCCAUGUUGCCUAUAUGAGUCUGCCCCAUAGAAAAAGGAAUGUUUUAGCAUCACUGCAAGUUAUAGUGAAUUGAUUCAUUUGCAAACGUUCAAGAUGCUGUUUCAAGCUUUGUAAAAACUGACAUUUGGUUGUCUUUUACCUUUGCCUUCUAUUGUGUGUGUUCUCAGUGCCAUGCUUUUCAUGUUCACUGUGUGGAUUCUUUAAAGCAGGGAGGUGUUUUCAUCUCCUGUCUAUAUAUAAUGUACAAAAUAAAGAUGUUUUAUUGAAUAAUA